GACAGCGGGCUCUGAGUCAAUGGGCACGACAGCGGGCACCGGGUCACCAGGCAGCGGGCAUCGGGUCACCAGGUAUGACAGCGGGCCCUGGGUCACCAGGCAUCAGGUCAUUUGGCUCGCCAGCGGGCACCGCGUCAUCUGGCAAGGCAGUGGGCACGGAGUCACCAGGUACGACAGCGGGCUCUGAGUCAAUUGGCACGACAGCGGGCACCGGAUCAGGUACCAGAUCAUCUGGAUCAAUAGCGGGCAUCGAGUCAACUGGCCUAAUAGGAUCGUCAGACUGGAUCAGUUCAUCAUGCUGGGUAGAGGCAUCAGGCUGAAUGCCGGCGUCCGGCCGAGUAGAGGCUUCAGGCCGAGUAGAGGCUUCAGGCCGAGUAGAGGCAUCAGGCCGAGUAGAGGCAUCAGGCCGAGUAGAGGCAUCAGGCCGAGUAGAGGCAUCAGGCCGAGUAGAGGCAUCAGGCCGAGUAGAGGCUUCAGGCCGAGUAGAGGCUUCAGGCCGAGUAGAGGCUUCAGGCCGAGUAGAGGCUUC